AUAUUUACAACACAGAUGGAUCUUCACCCUGUCACUCGAUAUAAACGUGGCUAGAAACGUGUGGAAUUUCUGAGAUAAGAUGAUAAAAUAACUUAUUGAAAAGAGAAAUACAGCACGUAUCUUUAACAAAACUCGUGUUUUUCUAUUACUCUGAGCAUUUGGUCCCUAUCUAUCUGUUCAGCAAACUUUGAGGGAAGCCUAGAUCAUCGAUUAAGCCGCUUGGCUGGCCGCAGACUGUCAGCAUCUUAUCACAUUCCCAGCUGAUGGGGAGUAGACCAGUAUUUGUCUUCCCGGGGGAAUGCCGGGUCAUAAACGUGAGUUCUGACGAGAAGCGCUCAGCGGCAGCUCAGGUAUCAUCUGGUACCUGUUAGAGAGCAGUGAGACCAGCGUCAACCCAGGAGAGAACAUCCGGCUAGGACUCAGCUUUCAAAGUAAAACCGUAACGACCGUGGUGACGGACACCUCUGUGGUCUGGCAGUGACGCAACAGAUGCAGAGACAUUCGACAGCAGAGAGCAACAGAAGCACAAGAGUCAUAGAAACCAGGAUCUGCUGCCGCUGGCAUGUUUCAGAGAUGCUCAACUAGUCAAUGAAGACCUGAAGUCCGUCGACCCAUGUGUGUCCCGCUAAGCACAGACACUGAAAAGUUGCAGACACCAGUGUUGUAGGAGUGUGUGCGAGUGUGUGGCUGACCAUUGUGUCUGUGAUCACACACUGUGCUGUGUUUAAAGCACUGUGGAGCUGAAGACUUCAGCCCAAGAGUAUGGUCCAACUGUCCACAUCAGUCUGCCUGCUGGGAGGCCUUCUGGGCCUGUUUCUGCUAGCACCUGUUCAAAUGGCCCCGACACCGGCCAGCAUGUGCACACCCUUGAAGACGCUCAACGACAGCCUCAGCCACAGGAGACGGUACAUGAAGCACAAUUUCCCCAUCAACUACACCAUCAGGGUUCACCAACACGAAGUCUUUAAACUGUCAAACAUCAGCAGAAUGAGGUUACAGGUGGAGGGGUUGGAUGAGCUGGUUCUCCAGAGGUUAUGGUUCCAGGUCAACCAAGGCGUGUUAAAAAAGAUCCUCCGGGUUAUGCCAGAGAGACAUCCUUCGCGUCCAUACACGGCUGAGUUGGAAAUACGCUUCAGGGAUGCAGAGGGAGUCUUUGUACAUUCGCAUCCCGCUGAGGUGUUCCAGCAGGAGCUUCCAGAGGUUAUCCAGGACACUUGGGAUCAUUUAACAGAAGAACCCGACAGAGUGCCAGAGUCCAGAUGGCGAUAUGCGUCCCCAAAAUCCCUCCUGGACAACUUCUGCCACACCAUGCACUGCCUCUUCAGCGAGUGCUUUGCCAGCAAAGAAGCGCAGCAGGACUACUGUAGUGUUUCUUAUUGGAGGAAGGGAAGGAAGAAAGACUUGGAGCCCGAAAGCUGAGAAGAAGACAGCGGGGUGAAGGUGUCCCUGUUGAUACUGAUGAGGGUUUGGUAUCAUGAUCUCCCUUGAGCUGCAGGGAGAGGGGAAAUGGACAAUUUGUAGGUACAGUAACAGUAUUCAUGGUGAUUUUAGGAGCAUAAGGACUUUCUGCUAAAAUGAAAUAAAGCUCAUUUGGGAGCUCCAUCUCCUCAGAUAUCCCAAUUCUCCUUCAGUCAGGAAGCCUGAAACUUCUUGAAAUCUCUUGAUGGCAUCUCAGAUCAAUGCUUUGAUACUUCAGGUUUUGGAAGAGAUUUGUUCACAUAUAUCGACUAAAUUGAUGUACGAUAAGAAUAUUAGAUACAAUUAUUUUCUAAGGAAUUUUCUACACCUGGCGCGAGGACAUCACUGUGGCUUUGCCAAAGAAAGCCUGUGAUGUGCUCCAGUGGGCCUGCGUGGUUCACCUCAGAGAGCAACAAGAUGCAGCGAGAGAGACUACACAUUGGAUUAUUAUAUUGAGCAACUUCAGAUGAUUUUGUACCAUAGCCACACCCCUCUCUCUCUCUUCCAUCAACACUCCUUUCAAACACCUAUGAGCUAGAGCGAGAGCAUUGUACAUGAACUGAACUUCAACCUUCAAGGCAAACUGAUAACUACUGUUUUCUCCUCCCUCUUCAGUUGUUGUAUGCAUCUCUUACCCGCAGCCUGCAUUUAAAGUGUUAUUUUUAUAACGUCGCUUUUGGCCCAAAUUGCAUAUUCAAAAACUGUCAAAAUAACGAUCCAUUCCAUGUAUUUCUUUUUUGUUUUUUUGUUUUUUUGUAACUUCGUUUAUUGUGAUGUUUGAGAAAUGGUACAAUACUGUAUGAUAUAUUCAGUAACAUAUUAUGUAUAUAAAACAGACAAGAGAAAAGAAAAUGUACAAGUACAUAGUGAUAGUUGAAAAAACAACAUACAAAAAAAACAAUUACCUAAAAUAAAAGUUAAAGAAAACACAAGAAUAUAAUAGGCUAUCGAAUAUGUAUUUGGAAAGAAUAGAAAAGAAAAGACGCAGGGCAGCGAGCAUGGCUACUUCUGACUUUGUCCUUUUUAUUGAACGGCGGGUAAUUGGAUUUUCUCUUUAAUAUGGUUAAGAAAGGGAUUCCGUACUUUAUGAAAAGCCUUUGUGGAGCCCCUUUAUGAGUAUUUUAUAAAAAAGUGCAAAAGUAGGUCUUUGAUCCAGUGGCUAAAGGUAGUUGGGUGAGCUUCUUCUGAGACACCAAAAUUCUUGAUGCUUUGCACAGGACCAGAACAUAUGGGCACGAGUAGUGGGCGAUGAGUUGCAGAGAAUACCUUAGGGACUGACGUCUGGGAAGUAUUUAGACGUGUUCUGUUUAGUCCUGUGGGUGUGCUGCAGAGUUGCCUGGCACAGAUUGAGGAGGUAUGUACUGGUGAUGGGAUCCAGCCUUGAAGACUGAGCUCAAACCAAUGGGAGGGAGAUGCUGAAUUCAAUGUUUCCAUAAUACAAACACAGAGAUAUGCAAACGUACGUGUGGCCUUAAAUUGAAUCACUUACCUGUAAAUUUAGUUUGUAGCUAUGUAUGUUCAUCACACACAAAGAGUGAGCGUUCAACCCAGACAAUCAACAUAUAAUCACCUCCUUCCGUCCAAGCUGUGCAUUUUUACGUUAUUAUAGAUCUGUUAUAGAGGUUAUUUUUCUCUUGCAUAAGGCAACUAUUGAAUAUUUUGAUGUCUCAAUUCCCUGUGCAAAGCUUAAAGAGUGACAAUAAGCAUUUUACACAUGAAGUCACAGUCAGGCCACAAAUCUGGAUACAAUUCCAAAUGAAAUAGUCUUAAAUAGAUAAAAACAAUCUAACAACAAUUACAUGGUAAAAAUAUUUGCUGAAAAUGUGCAAGUUGAUAGGUUACAGUUGCGUCCCAGGCUGGUUUGGGGCAUUUUCACUCGCUCCUUUCAGAAUUUCAGCUAAGAAGAUAUGCAACAAAUCCCUGCAUGAAACCUGGAACUCAAACAAAUUCUGACUAAGAUUUUACUUCAACGCAAAUCAGUAUCUCUUGUUUCUGUCAAAGAUUGCUCCUCAGUGUGUGUCAGCUUUACUGUUAUCUUUUUUCCACUUCCACUCAUGGCUGUUAAAUGUAUGAACUUGUCAGGUUUUGAAGAAUUAAGACAAACAGCUACGUAUAUUGUAGAGAUCAUAAGUUAAUUUAACAUGUACUAAACCCAAAACCUUCAAAUGAACAUUGACAGAAAAAUGAAAAAUUAGGAAAAUAUUGGAUCACAGCUGGUAAAAAGGUUAAGUGAGGUGUGUGUGGCUAUUUAGAUUUUAUGCUCCAUUUACAAACCUAUACUGAUGAAUUAAGUAUUUUCUUUGAACUUUAAUGUGUCUUUUUAGUAGACACACUGUGCAAAUAAAAAGCUCCCAGGUUAUUAUGGCCAAAAUACUUCUCCAGAUGUAAGGUGGAGUGAAAAACACAGAUGUUAAAGUCAGUUAUGUUCAGCCACCAGAUCACCUGAAGGCCAUCUGUAAUUGACCCUUCCUAAGUCCCGCUCCCUUUUUGCUACCUUGGCCAACUUCCUCCUUGCCCGUACUUAGAUAUGCUACGUGCUAACCUCAUCUAUGUUGAAAAGACAGUUAUAAAAAUCUAAGUACAAGAAAAGGAGGAAGUUGGCUAAGGUACCAAAAAGGGGCGGGACUUAGGAAGGGGCGGUUGUCAAGCUUGACUUCUCUGUGCUGCUCCACUAAAACUUCCCAAUACAUAAAGUUUAGUUACAUAAGUCCACACUAAUUUACCAUAUAUUGUUUUUAUUAUUAUUAUAAUGAUUACAUGCCUCACUUCAUUACUAAAGAUGAUGAGGGUUAGGUGUUGAUAAGAUGGUUCCCGGUCAGCAUGUGUAGAAUAAAAAACAUGCGUUAUGAUUUGGACAUACAGAGGAUAUAAUAGGCCUUAUGAGAGGUGUUUGAAUGACUGACUUUUUGAGGCACUUGGCCUUGAAUAAGAAACACUUCUAAGGGCCAAUGAAUAAAAAUGAACUUCCUGUUUAAUGUGUUCAUUCUCAUACUGGAUGAAUAAAUCUCCAUUUUAACAGAGAAAGUCCACAAGGUCAGGUUAUUAGGAUUAAUAUUUGGGAAUUAUAAUGUAUUUCAUGUAUUAAUUCCUUCCAGUUUGAAACAGACUUGACAGAUACUGUUCCUAUUUAAUAUUUCCUGAUGUUAGUUUUUAUAACUGGAAAUCUAAUUUUUGCUAAAUAGGAAAUUAACCCAAGUAAAGUAAUUAAUUUCCUCUGUAGAAUAUUUUACAGUACAUAUAACCGAAGAGAUUAUAAUAAUUUAGAUAUGCAAACUUUAGAUACACCUAACAGGUGCGCUGCAAAUGUUUCAGUUGGGCAACUAGACGUGCCAUCUCCGAUAUUUUUAAACUUAAUCUGAAAAUGGACCAAGUGAAGACCUGCUGUGCUGUUGUAAAGCCUCCAGGAUGUAAACAGGCCAAAUCACUGUGAGCUGUACGACAAGGAUCAAAUGAUAACCUUUUUAUUUUCAGGUCUCUGUUUACUGUGGCCAGCCUAGUCACAGUGAGGUGGGUGGGGUCAGUCAUUUACGGUAGUGGGCAUAGUCAGGGGCUGAAAAUUAUUUGCUCACUACUUCCUGCACUCAUUUCACUUAUAAGCUUCAGGUAUUUGUCCCAUAGAAACGUCUAGUUACUGCCAAGACUGCACAAUGUGUGAAAGCUUACUGUAUGUGUGAGAGUUUCAGUUCACGCGUUCACUCCUGACUUCAUGUUUGUUGUAUGUUAAAGCCUUGCAAGCCUAAUUGUGUCACUCUUCAGGAGGGAGAAUGAUGAUCAAUUAUUAUUUUAUUAGUCUGAAAGGUACUCAUUGACAGCUUUUGUAAGUUUUAUUGGGCUAAACGUGGCUCUCGUAUGUAAAACAAGAUCUAUAAUGAUGUAACAGAUGAAUGAUAAUUAUUGGUGUAUUGCUAUAAAUGCAGUGUAUUUUUAUUUUGCUUUGUCUAUCAUAUCUAACUGUAUGGUUGUCUUUUUUGUAAACAUAAGAGCAUUUUAAGGUGUAUUCAGAGAUCCCUUAUUGUGAAUAUAAAGUGAUAUUUCCCAGACUGACUGGCAACAACAGAGAGAUGAUAACUGCAAACCUAUGGAUGGUUGUUGUCAGUGGUCUUUUAGAAACAGAUUUUUUUUAUACACAAGAUAUUGAAUUUAUUUAUUUUUUGGAAAUGUAUAAUGCUAUGUGACAAUACUUUUAUGAAAGAAAUAAAAAUUAAAUCGCUGUA